UCCGAGAAAUUGUGGAUGAGGUGAGCAUAAUGUUAGUUUUAUCUGUGCGUCGCAUUCCGCACACGUAUUCAAUGGUUGUCCACUCAUUCCACCAAGGACCCAAAUACAACGCAGACCAAUGGAUUUGACAAUUUUUGCCACUGGACAAAAUAUUUCAGUCUGUUACAAAGCCGUUUAUUCAGAUUGUCACAGUGUGACCUCUUAGCUAGUUUAUAACAUUUGCCUAAAGUAGCAGUUUAAGUAACAUUAGCUAAUUAAAGUUAGCAUGUUCCUUAUCUAACAUUAGCAGACAAAUAGGGGUGUCUGUACUCAUGUCACUGAUGGCUAACCUAUACCGUUAACCGUAGAGUGUAGGGUGUUAACACAGAGAUCACGAAUGUUCAUCUUCGGGUUCCACUCGUACCCUUUAUUCACUGAAAUUCCUCCAGAUUCCUUAAAUUGUUUAAUGACAUUAUUCACUGCAGAUGAAAAAAAUAUGCAAAUUCCUUCCAUUCUUUCUUUGAGGAACACUGACUUGAAUAAUUUCAAUAAUUUUCUCAUGCAUUUGUUAAGAAACUUGAAAUCCUCUGAUUCAUCCACCAACUGGAAACAUAAUUUUUUUGUUACAGUCUUCAAGGUGGUGCAUGCGUGUGCAGGCUUUUGUGGGUGGAGCUUAGAAUGAUGUAACAAAAAGUGCAUUCCUUAUAGUAUCAAUAAGGGGUCAUCUUUUUGAGUUAGAUUUGUCUGGAAAUCUGACCUUUAACCCCAGUGAGCUUGGUUUGAAUGAGCUUGCCCUUCACCGUUGUGAUUGGUCGUUGGCUGACCCUGCUAGGGCAAAAUUUGUGAAAAACUGGGUGAGAAAUUUAGUUCCUUGACCAAUGCCAAAAUGAACAGUUUAAGAGUAUUUCUGGAGUUGACCUCCAUCCACAUACAGUAGUAAGUUUGGAACAAACCAAACAAAGAACGUGGGAGCAGAAAGACAACAAAGACACAGACAGACAUCUUAACCCCAGUGACUGAACUUUGGCAAAUCUGACUUCACCUGAGUAGUUUGACGGUGCUUUUUGCAGACUAUUUGCUGUAUGUUUGUCCCAGUAAAACCUGGUGUUCAUCAGGGAUGUGUUCUGGCUCCAACACUAUUCAGUGCUUGCAUACGCUGGGUGUUGGGUAGGGCUGUGGAAACCAGCGGUUUGCAGACAUUGCUGUGAUCUUUGUGGAAUCCACGGGACACCCUGACUGCAACACUUGAGUGUCUGGAUUUGUUGUUAUCCUGGAUCAAGUCUAAGAUCCUGAACUUGUAGAGACGAUGCUGAUAUCUGUGCAGGAGGACCAAGGUCCAGGUUUUAAGGGUCUGGGUGUUUCCUGUCUUGCUGUAUGGCCCUGUGGCAUGUUUCUCUGUGCAUGAUCCAGCAUGCUCCCAUGACCCAAUUUGAUUCUGUCAUUUGGGGGCCAUGCACAGCACCAACAUAUUUCUCACCCCAAUGACCUUCACCUGUGCUCAAAAACAAACCCUUUUGGAGAAAUUCUGGGGUCGACCUUUGAGCACAUACCAAGUUUAGUGGAAAUCAACCAAAGGACCAGAGCGUAGUGGAGGAAUAAACACAUAAACAGACAAAAUUUGCUAAUAUUACAGCAUGAUGAUGUCAUAAAACAAUAAAGGCACCUUAACUGUAAAAGCUUUUGAUUCAUUCAGUUAUUGUGUUUAAAGAUAUGGCAAAACAGCUGAUCAAAUACACAUGAAUAAAUAGUUUUGUAAGAUUGUAUCAAAGUUGUGUUUUUAGUUUGUCCGGUUGUUGAGGCAAAUCCUUAAAAACCGACUCGGGUCUCUGUGUUCUUUGGGUUUGUGUCACUUUGUGAAGCUGUGUGAGGCAGCGCGGAUGGAUGGAUGGACAGAUGGAUGAGGGUUUUCUGUUAAUCAUUAACGUGGAUUAGCCCCGGUGUUCUGUAAAUAUGGUGAAUGUAUCCACAGCUUCAUCAGCGCUGCCUCCCCACAGCUUGGUUUUACCUGCUGAGGUUCUUCUGUCAGCUGGAAGAGGCCAGAGAAAGUUUUUUUUUAGAUGCUGGACAUUAUGUACGGGAUGUUUUAUCCUGCUGGGCCAGAGUGAAGCUGGAAUUUGGUGCACAGCGUUUAAGGAUUCUUUUGUACACAGAGCUGGUUUACAGCAGGACACAUGUUCUGCAGUGGACUGUUUCUUCACAGCAGGCCCACUUUACUGAACAUCUCCUUUGGAUGAUUGUGUCUGUUUUUUAAUCCCACGAUGCCGAUGAAGCGCCACAGAGAGACUUCAGCUGGCGACGGAGCACUCCUUAUCCACUCUUUAACCAAGACGGUGUGCAGCUCACCAGAAGAAACACGCACACACUUUAACGGACUGACGCAUUUCCAUCAGGAGGAGGAUUCUGGGAUUAAAUCAGAGAACAGUAAUGACACGCCGUCCUCUGAGGAAGACCAGGACCCGGCAGACUGCGACGCUGAUCGGAAACUCAACCAGAGCAUCGGCUCCAGGAAGACCAUCAGUCAGAUCAUCAAAGACAAGAAGAAACAGACACAGCUCACUCUGCAGUGGCUGGAUGAGAAUUAUCUGGUGUGUGAGGGAGUGUGUCUACCUCGUUGUAUUCUCUACGCACACUAUCUGGAUUUCUGCAGGAAAGAGAAGCUCGAACCAGCCUGUGCCGCUACAUUUGGAAAGACGAUCCGUCAGAAGUUUCCUCUUCUAACGACAAGAAGAUUGGGCACCAGAGGACACUCAAAAUAUCAUUACUAUGGAAUCGGCAUCAAAGAGAGCAGCGCUUAUUAUCACUCUGUGUAUUCUGGGAAAGGAUUGACGAGAUUUUCUGGAAGUAAGCUCAAGAAUGAGGGAGGCUUCACCAGAAAAUACUCACUGAGCUCCAAAACUGGCACUUUGCUGCCAGACUUCCCCAGUGCCCAGCACCUCCUGCUGAGUGGAAACAUCUCCAGAGAAAAGGUGGACACACUCAUCAUGAUGUAUAAAACACACUGCCAGUGCAUCCUGGACAAUGCCAUUAACGUCAACUUUGAGGAGAUCCAGAGCUUCCUGCUUCAUUUCUGGCAGGGCAUGCCAGACCACCUGCUGCCGCUGUUAGAAAACCCUGUUAUCGUGGACAUCUUCUCUGUCUGUGACUCCAUUCUCUACAAGGUUUUAACAGAUGUCCUGAUUCCUGCCACAAUGCAGGAGAUGCCUGAAAGUCUGCUGGCGGAUAUCCGUAACUUUGCCAAACACUGGGAGCACUGGUUAGCCUCUUCACUGGAGAACCUCCCAGAAUGCCUUGCAGUCAAAAAACUGCCCAUUGCACGCCGCUUUGUUUCUUCCCUGAAGAGACAGACCUCCUUCCUACACCUGGCACAGAUAGCCCGUCCGGCACUGUUUGACCAGGCUGUAGUCACCAGCAUGGUGUUUGAUAUUGACAAUGUGGAUCUCAGCAGUAUCAGCUCUCAGCUUCUGCUCAGUAUAACCUCUACUGGGGACCAGGACUCAGACAUGUACUCUGAAUAUGAUUCCAUCACCAUCUUCAAGGAGUUGAAGGAGCUUCUGAGGAAGAACGCCACAGUGGAGUCCUUCAUCGAGUGGUUGGAUUCUGUUGUAGAGCACAAAGUCAUUAAGCCCGGUAAGCAGAGCGGGCGCUCGGUGAAGAAGCGAGCCCAGGACUUCCUGCUCAGGUGGAGUUUUUUUGGUGCCAGAGUGAUGCAUAACCUCACACUCAAUAACGCCUCCAGCUUUGGUUCGUUCCAUCUGAUCAGGAUGCUUUUGGAUGAAUACAUCCUAUUGGCUCUGGAAACUCAGUUCAACAACGACAAGGAGCAGGACCUGCAGAACCUCCUGGACAAAUACAUGAAAAAUGCAGAUGCCAGUAAAGCUGCGUUCAUGGCCUCACCAAGUUCUUGCUUCCUAGCCAAUCGUAACAAGGCUGGCACCACCUCUGACCAAUCAGUGAAGAAUGAAUCUCUAGCAGAACACACGUACAUGUCUUUGUCAACAAAUCAGCAAGAAGAUCUGGAAACGAGUGCAGUUGUCUACCAGGGGACAGAUCCCACUGGGUUCACGGUUUCAGCAGGAGGUCAGGUGGACUUCUCUCAGAUCAGGAGCUCCCUGAUGACGCCUCCUAUCUCACCAGCACCAUUAGUGCAUCGAGGUUCUGUCAUUAACCAGGGUCCCAUGGCUGGGAGGCCUCUGACCUCCUCCACAUCCUCCUGCUCCUCCUACUCAGACACGUCAUACCAGUGCUUACCUCAGACCAGCUCAAGCUGCUACGCUCCCGUUAGUACUUCCUCAGCUCCUGGAUACCAGGCUGCACUCAGACCUCAGAGCCAGACCCAGUGUCUGGCUUCAGUUCAAUCCCAGGUUUCCUCGAUGACCUACCACCUCUCUCGGUACCCCACCUUCACAGACCAGCACCUGCCUAAAGAUGUCUUCUACAGCAGUGGCCAUCAUCCUUUGGUCCAUCACUCGUCCAGCAGUACUAACUGCUCCCUCACACCUUAUGCUUCUGCAGUCCGGCCCACGUCUAGCUACAGUUCUGUCUCAGAUUUAGUUCAGCCUCCUGUAGACCCUGGACUGGACCCCCAAGGAGCAGCUCAGAUACUGGACUCUGUGGAGAGCUAUGGCUUUGUGGGGGGUGGUCUGAACCCUUCCAGUGGUGGGUGCCAGGGAUCGGUGUACUCCGCUGCAGAACACAGCGGUUACUAUGGCAACAGUAAUUACCUAGAAAACCAGAGGAUGACGUCACUGAUUGACCAACACGUGUCCGUCAUCAGCAGUGUCGCCAGUCUUCGUCCAUUCCCUUCAUCGUACCCUGACGUAAACGACACUCUCACCAUGCCAGACGAAGCAGGGCGGAAAAUAACAGCGGCGUACUUCGGAGAGGUGGAAACGGGACCAGAUCAUUCCCUCCCGUCUUCAGUCUCUGCUCCCUGCAUGUAUGGAAUUCCGUCUCCCUUCACCUCACAGGAUGUGCUGCUCCCACAGCAGCGUGUGACAUCAUCUUCCGAGGUCCCGGACCUGGUGUCCUCCCUGCCUCCCAUCAACACCGUCUUCAUGGGAACAGGUCCAUGAUGGAGGACACCUCCAAACCUGUUUUGGACAAAGAUGCAGACAUUAAGAGUCCCAUCAGAGCGGCUCUGAUUCAGAAUGUGUGUGUUGUUGGAUUUGGAUCAAGUCGAGCAGCGUGAGAGGGUGAGUGACAGGCAACAAGGCUUCAGAGCCAAAGUCCAACCCAGGAUGUCCUGGUUAUACCGAAGAGUUGGGGCUUUAAACCAGCGCGGCCACGAAGACACUCGUCACAACAGGGCGAGUCAGAGUAAUUUAAAAACUACUGCGCUUUAUAGAAAGAGGAAAUUACACAAAACAUCUAAACUCUGACAAAACCGACGCUGACGAAGUUCCACACUUGAAAUCCACCGCCAUGUUUUUCAUUUUCCCUCUUUGAAGUCACAGCGCCGUUGUACUGGUGCAAUGCCUUCAGGGCUUCCAUUUGUUCUGUGUGCAGAUAUUUCUAAAUAAAGUGCUGUAAAUCAGA